AUGCCAAUCACCAGCAUUGCAACCGGAUCUCCAGCCGAUGCUGGCCAGCCAGAUGCACUCAAGGCAGCACUGGCUGAGUUCAUUUCAAUGAUCAUUUUUGUUUUCGCAGGACAGGGCUCUGGCAUGGCUUUCAACAAGCUUACUGGCUCAUCAACACCGGCCGGCCCAGUAGCUGCCUCGCUGGCUCACGCUUUCGCACUAUUUGUUGCGGUUUCAGUUGGUGCCAACACUUCUGGCGGACACGUAAACCCUGCCGUUACACUCGGCGCAUUCAUUGGUGGCCAUAACAUUCAUUAG